UCGAGCCCACGCGUAACCCGCACGCAGGCCCCAUGGCAGCCUCAGCAUCAGCAUCAGCAGCCAUCAUCUUCAACGUCCUGCUAAGAUCUCUGCGCACACAACGAAUUGCGAAUUCGGCAUACAAGGCUGUAGCGAAGCAAGCGCAAGACAGAUGCAGAAUUAGCCGCGCUGUUGGCGACGACGAUACGGUCAUGCUGCUACUGCUAGAUUGGGACGAGACGUUGACAUGCCACGAUACGCUCUCCCUCAUCGCACCACCCGAAGGCUCUCAACCGCACGGCGCAGCAUUUUCGACCUACUCUUCCGCCUACUCUGCGGAUCUCGCAGCAUACAAAUCGCAGCAUGCCGAGCCGUGCACGUUGGACGAGCAGCUGAAGUGGCUGGACGGUCUGGAUGAGGUGGAGCUGAAGAGUCAAGAGAGGAUCGAACAGGGUGGACUGUUUAGAGGCGCACUGGAGUCUGAUCUGCUGCAAAGAGCAACUCGGGUGCAGCUUAGAAGAGGUGUGGAUAAGCUAGCGCAAUGGGCGCAGAGCGACGGACACGAGUCAGAGGUGCACAUCAUCAGCGUAGGAUGGUCAGCCCGCUUCAUCGAAGGCAGCCUAAAACACCACCUCUCCUGGGUGCCCAAUAGCAUCCACGCCAACGAAGUCGAGCUAAACUCUCAAGGCAUAGGCACUGGUCGGCUCACCAAAUCGGCCUCCGUCACCUCCUCAUCCGGCGGUAUUCGAACAUCGACGCACAAAGCAGCCGAAGCGGCCUCGAUCGAUUUGCAAGCUCGCAAAGAGAGGGCUUUGAAAGGAUUGACGGUGUAUGCUGGGGAUAGCGGUACGGAUCUGAAUGCCCUUUUGAGUGCGGAUCUGGGCAUCGUCAUGGGAGAGGCAAAGGGACUCAAGGAGAUAUUGAACAGGAUUGAGCAGCCGGAUUGGUUGAUUGAGAUGAACGCGUGGUUGGAGGAGAGGAGGAGUGGGAGGAGACGAGCUAGAGAUCAUACACUCGUCAGAGUCGACGAUUGGCUGGAGGCGGUGCAAGUGCUUCAAGAGCUGCAUCAAUAGCAAUCGAGAAUUCCAUUCACGAAUUGUAAGAGAAUGGAUCGUCGAGUGUAUGAUGUCACGACUAAAAAUGCAUGGAGGGAGACUGCAGCGAAUUUGGAAAAGGGGUAUGCUGAAGGCUCUGUCCUUGUAAUCUUGAGCAGCGCCAUCGAAAAGCUAUUGCGGCAUUGGGAGCAAAUGUACAUCGAGGCUUUGGGAUUCGACGCAUUGACCAGCAAAGCACGAAGGCGCGAUCUGUCAUCGAACCCCACCCAAGCCUCGUCGUCGUUCUUCCAAAAACGGAGAAAACUUGAUCACCGCUCGAGUAUGACGGCCGGGAAGAUCAUUGACCAGUAUGGAAAUGCAACCUCCCAAGGGAAGUCCGCAUUCCCGGUCCCGAUCCAUCCCACCUGUAGAGGAAGGAUACGUACAUCAACACCCGGUGCUUUUUGAUCGAGCGGGUUCCAUCUCCU